GCAUUUGAAGCCCCUCCCACCCCCCCUCGGUCUGGACAUCUCCUCCCCUUUUCUUCUAUUAGCGGAGGCAUGAAGCGGGGGUACGAAGGAACCCCCUCUACUUCCUUCGGGCCGCCCAAAUCCAAGCUCAGAUACGAUUCCUACGACGGAUCGCGGGCUUCGGAGGACGAGAGCUUCAAUAAUGCGCGCAGGGUGGCGGAUCAUUACAGUGCGAGGUCGAAUCAGACGCUGGAGGAGCGGGAGGCUAGCCCCAUCAUCCACUUGAAGAAGCUCAACAAUUGGAUUAAAAGCGUACUCAUUCAGCUGUAUGCUCACCCAAAAGAUGCUGUGCUUGAUAUUGCUUGUGGGAAGGGUGGUGACUUGAUCAAAUGGGACAAGGCAAGAAUUGGAUAUUAUGUGGGCGUGGAUAUAGCAGAAGGCUCGAUAAAAGACUGUCGGACUCGCUAUAAUGGAGACUCAGACCAGCAACAACGCAGGAAGAAGUUCAGUUUCCCUGCACGCCUUAUUUGUGCUGACUUUUAUGAAGUUCGUUUGGACAAGUAUUUGCAUGAUGAUGCACCAUUUGAUGUUUGCAGCUGUCAGUUUGCUUUACACUAUUCAUGGUCAACUGAAGCGCGUGCAAGGCAAGCCUUGGCAAAUGUAUCUGCAUUGCUUCAGCCUGGAGGCACAUUUAUUGGGACAAUGCCUGAUGCAAAUGUCAUUAUCAAAAGGCUUAGGGAAGCUGAAGGAUUAGAAUUUGGGAACAGUGUUUAUUGGAUAUGCUUUGAUGAAGAAUAUUCUUCCAAGAAGUUCAAGUCAUCCAGCCCUUUUGGAAUCAAGUACAAGUUUCAUCUAGAGGAUGCUGUUGAUUGUCCUGAGUGGAUUGUGCCAUUUCAUGUCUUCAAAUCCUUGGCACAGGAGUAUGAUCUGGAGCUCGUAUUUGUAAAAAACUCACAUGAGUUUGUUAAUGAGUACUUAAGGAGGCCCGAGUUUACAGAUCUGAUGCGGAGACUUGGUGCUCUAGGUGAUGGAAAUCAGGAUCAAAGCACACUAUCUCAGGACGAGUGGGAUGUAGCUUACCUUUAUUUGGCAUUCGUGUUGAGGAAGAGAGGUCAACCUAAUUUAAGUGGGAGGAACAACAACACAAAUAGAGGAAAGAUGUUCUUAUCAGAGGACGACAUUGAGUUCAUUGGUGGCUCACAUGAUCCCUAAGUUUCUUUUGGCAGAUGGGGGACAUAACAAGACUCUGGUACACUCUCGCUAGCAUACAAAGAAAGUGGAAUAUACAAUACAUGAUGAUGGUAUUCAUGGAUCUAACAGUAAUAAGGCAAGCUGGUUAUGAUUUGAACCGGACGAGAGUUCAGCUAAAAUUUGUUUUCUAGUGUAACUCACCGAGAUAAACUGAUUAAAGAAUUCACUUUCUUAAUGUAACAAUUAUUGUAUAUUUAAAAAUAGUUAUAGCUUAAGUAACCAAUCGCCUGUUUAUUUUGCUAUAACUGAAAAAUUAGCAGCUUAGAGAUUCA